AUCUGACUUGUUGUGGUUGCAGACUGGCCAGAUCUUUCUGGUGAUGGCGAGCUUUGAUAUGUGUGGACACCUCAGGUAACCUAUUUACAGUCUACCUGUCAGAGGCCCAUACAGCUUGCUAUUGAAUUGUUAUCCUAAAUUAUUUACAUUAAUAGAUUCUUUUUUUUUAAUUUAGGCUAAAUUAAGACCAUUCCCAAUCAUGACUGGGUAAGCAGAUUUGCUGCCAGUGGUUUGGUGUGAAUGUGAAUAACUUCAGUCCCGGCUGCUAUCCUUAUGGUUAGUGGUUGUUGGUGUCUCCCUCAGACAGAUGGAUUCUGUGGGUCGCGCCUGAGAUGAGAUAGCAUCCUCUCUGUCUCCGUCAAACCAGCUGUAGAACGCGCACGCAGGACAGACGUGGGCACCUGACUAUUGGAAUUUCAUAGCCUAUUGUUUUUUUAGAGCCGUUCUACAGACGUGUUUGGCUUGUUCGUCGAUAUAACCCCCCUUUGGAUGGUGAUUAUGCUGCUCUUCAGAGAUGAUGUGAGCUGAAUUGGCGGGGAAGCCGCAGAGGAGCUGUCCGUCUUUCGAGGUGGUGAUGCGGCUGUGACUGGAGAGAGCAUGGCCGCCGGGAAGUUGUUGCUCUAUGCCGGGCUCUCCUUGUCUCUUUGUGCCUUGGGCAUGCUGGCCGUGGCAAUGUGCUCCGAUCACUGGUACGAGACGGACACCAGAAGGUAUAAGGAGCGGUGCCGAAGUUUCUCCAGCCGCCGCAAGGACCCGGGCUUUAUCUACAUCCCCAACAACAGCCUGCCUCUGCGGGCCAGCCGAAGCAGCCUGCCUCGCUUGGAAGACAAGGUGCUAUUGGCCCGGAACCGGAGGCAGCUGUUCGCCAUGAGUGUCGCAGACGAAUGCAGCAGGCAGUAUAACUCCACCAACAUGGGGCUGUGGAGGAAAUGCCACCGGCUGAGCUUCGACCAGGUCAUCGAAGAUCAUAUUCGCAAAGGUUCAAUUGCAAGAUGCUCCUACAUCAAGUAUCACUACUCGUCAGCUGCAGUACCCAAAAAUCUCUCCUAUAACAUCACCAAGACAAUAAGGCAAGAUGAAUGGCACUCUCUACAUCUGCGGCGAAUGACAGCUGGUUUCAUGGGCAUGGCAGUAGCUAUCAUUCUGUUUGGCUGGAUAAUUGGGUUGCUCGGCUGUUGCUGGGACAGAGGUCUCAUGCAGUAUGUGGCUGGCCUUCUUUUCCUCAUGGGAGGAACUUUCUGCAUUAUCUCCCUCUGUACCUGUGUUGCCGGCAUUAACUUUGAGCUUUCCCGUUACCCACGGUACCUGUACGGCCUUCCUGAUGACAUUGGCCAUGGCUAUGGGUGGUCUAUGUUUUGCGCCUGGGGGGGUCUUGGUCUUACCCUUAUCGCUGGUUUCUUCUGUACCCUGGCUCCAUCUGUCCAGCCAAUACCCAGAUCCACCUGCCCCAAAGCCCGGCAGGAGAACGGCACCGUCUGCUAAAGCUGACAAUUGUGAAAAGACCAACUUCAUCAAUUGAAAAAAUGUCACCAAACUGCCCAAUCAGCUCAUCUGUCUACUCAUCUCAACUGGUUCAGAUCUUUUAAAUUGUGUGUGUGUGUGUGUGCGCGCGAGCCUGCGUGUGUGUGUGUUUAUAAUGGUUAUUUUGAUUAUCUGCUAUAUUGAUCACACAAUGAUCUUAAGAAGUUAGAAGAAAUAAUAUUUUACAAAAACAACUGUGUUUUUUGUGUCUAGCAUCUAUGGAAAUUGAUAAAAAUUGGAAAAAUAUUCCAAGGAUUUAAGGAGGUUUCAAGGAGAAAGUAAUGGAAUGAGGUGUGCGAAAUAUGUAACUUGAAGUUGGGCUGGGUGUUUUGUGCGCCUCAGCUCCAUUCAGAAUUCUUACAAGAUUUGCACUGAACCAGUUGAAGGUUAUCAGCUGUGAGUACACCGCCUCUGUGCACCAUCCAGGUAGAUGUAACAGGUGAGCAGGGUGAAGACAAGACUUCACUGUUGUGAAUUGUACGGAAUAUUCAAGAAAAGUAAUAAACGGGAAUUUUCAUAUCGGA